AUGACGGAAAUUUCGAGAAUUGGCUUUGAGAAUGUAAACUCAGAUAACCUACUCGCUUUGAAAGACUUAUUUGAACAAUUGAUGAUGGAGUUGGCCAAUAUAAAAAGGAUACUAUCGAACAACAAUGUCUCGAAAAACAGUCAACUUAAAUCUGGUGAAGACACACAGAAUAUUCCAGUUCCAGGAAUUCCUGGUCCAAAUGAUUUAGUUCAUUUGAAAGGACCAUUAACAGAAGAUACAAUCAUUGCAACUCUUGAAGCAAGGUUUAAUGCAAAGUGUUAUCAUACAAUGGUUGGUCCAGUUCAAUUGAUCCUAAACCCCUUCAACUCUGAAACUAAAGACGCCAUAAACUGCAAUUCAAAGAAGUCCACAUGUUUUAGACCUCUUAUAAUGAAAUCGCUGGAACAACUGAAUGAGACAAGGAUGCCUCAAAUAAUGAUUUUAAGUGGUGAAUCAGGAAGUGGCAAAUCAUAUACAGCCCAGAUGAUAAUCAAAGAAUUGAUGAAUAUUACAUGUGGAACAGCUCAAAGUGAUCUCUUAAGACAAUUGGAUGCCUCAAUAACAGUCUUGGAUAUUUUAGGAAAAGCAAGAACAACGAACAGUCCUGAAUCAUCUAACGUGGCAUUUUUGUAUCAAUUUCAUUUUCAUAACAAUUUACUUCAAAAGACGAGAAUCAAGUAUAUUCCAUUGUGUAUGGCUCGGAUCGUUCAUCCAAGAAAAGAUGAAAGCAAUUUUCGAAUUUUUUACCAACUGUUUGCUGGUCUCUGUCCGAAUGAUCGAGCUAAACUGCAAUUGCAGACACACAGCGCCAAUGAACUACGAUAUUUAUACAAUUAUCCAUCUCAUCAACAAUCCGAAAUUGAACUUCUAAAGGAACAGUUUCAAACGUGGAAGUCGUCUCUUCACGUCCUUGGUAUUCCAUUUGCUGACGUCACCAAACUUCUCGCCGCCAUCUUGCUUCUUGGAAAUGUUCAUUUCACGGAAAAGUCACCGCGUGUCUUGGAAGUACAAGGCGGGGAUUAUGAGUUGAAGGCGGUGGCAGUUUUACUUGGUGUUGCCUACACGACUUUGUUUCGUGGUCUCACUAAGAAACUGAAAGUUAUGAAAAGUGAUGCAACCAUACAGUCAUGCACCGCGAAACAGGCAAAUGCCAAUCGCGAUGCUCUUGCAAAGACGUUGUAUUUGCGCAUGCUCUCAGCAAUCGUACGUCGAUGUAACUGCUCAAGAAAAUCAACCACCGAAUAUCACCAUCUGGACGUCUCAAGUGCUGAAUCUUUCACAAAAUCUCACGAUAGCUUGAGAGAAAACAGGAGUCUAGGACCGGAGGAGAUUGAAAUAAGCGAGAAAUUUGCUUUCUUAGACGAUGAAGAAAGUUGGUUUGGGAUUGCAGAUGUGUUUGGCUUUGAUACUUCCAGUUGCAAUCGUAUGGAACAACUCGCCAGCAAUCUUUGCUCGGAAACCAUUCAACAUUUUUACACCACGCAUAUUUUCAAGAGCGCCGAAGGAUUUUGUAGGGAAGAGGACAUUCAGAAUGAGGCUGACGUGGAUUAUUUCGACAAUUCGCAGUGUAUCGAACUUUUGACAUGUCAGGAAACGGGAAUAUUAACCUAUUUGGAUCAGGAAAGUUUGAAAGAUGGCGCUGCUGAGGAUUUUGUCGAGAAACUUCGGGCCAAACAUGUUGGUCAUGAAAAGUUUUUUUCAACGAACUGCAAAUCGCAUGAAUUUGGCGUCUGUCAUUAUAAUGCUAAGGUUAUUUACGAUGCGGGUGAGUUGUUGCGUGGAAACAUCGAUUCAGUGACUGAUGAUGUCAUACAGAUGUUCUCCGCUGAGCAAUGUAGUUUUGGUUUUGUGGUUCAUUUGUUUAUCUCUGAUCUAAAGACGAACAUUUCUGACGAUUUAGCAACAGACAGAGUGAGAAGUUUCACUUCCUCCCCAGUGCAAUCAUUCGCCCGCGAAUUUCAGGAAAGAUUAGAUGAGCUUUUAAAGGCAUUAAUCCACGCUGACCCAUGGUUUAUUUUUUGCUUAAAAUCAAACACGAAUGGACGUCCGUAUCAAUUUGAUGCCGGAAUAGUAUCCAGACAAAUUAAAUCGCUCCAGAUUUUCGAAACAGUCCAUUUGCUGAGAUCAGGUUACACUCAUAGGAUGCGUCAUAUUCCGUUCGCUCAAAGAUAUUUCGUUCACGACAAGCAAAUGGAUGAGAAAGACGCGCUAGAAAUAGCUCAGAGUUAUCAAAUGAUGUUGACUGAUGCGGGGAAAGAGAAUUCUGGCAAGAUUAUGCAUAUUGGAAGAAAACACGUCUUUUUUAGUGAAAUAUUGUGGCAAGAUCUAGAAAAGAGCCGUCCAAGAGGUUCCCAACAUUCAAGAAGCAAAACAAAUCUUGUUUCCUCCUCAGAAGUAAAGGAACAACGCAAAACAGAGCACUCUUCAGUCUCUUCUCCUGUUUUCCGAAAUGAAAUGGACGGAAAAAAGCAUUCACCGAACACCCCUCCAGCAAUUCCUAAGCGACGUGGUUACACAGUCAUCGACAACAAAAAGAUUGCUUUUCCUCAAACGCGUAUCAUGACAAACAAUUACAGAGACACGACAAAUGGUCAAGAUGUUUCGUUCAGUUCCGGAGAGAGUGUUAGAGUGGUCGGUGCUUCACCAAAAGCCGGUUACCUCGCUGUAGAGGCGAGGCAUAAAACUGGUUGGGUUCCUUACAAUUUGACAACAUUAAUGACUGACGAUGUGAUCUGAAAAGGAUGAGGAAGCUUUUAUAAAGAUGUUGUACUGAAAUCACCCCUAAAAUGGACACGAAAUAUUUUGGUAGUUUCGAAGCAAGUGAGGAAGGCCCUCAGGUCGAAACGUCGAGAAGUGUUUCUGUCUACUUUAGGCAGUUGUUAUGCCACUUUUGGGAAUGUUAUUGGAUGCAACAAGGCUGUUCUAUGACCAUGGUUAUAAUUGAACAUUUAUAGCUGUCCAUACUUAUAAAUAGAUCGUAUGGUUGCAGACAGGCUGGACUCUCACUGACCAUUAAUCAUCUCUGAUUUCGUCGGGUUCCGCUUAGAAAGCUUGCAAUAUUUGUCAUUCAUAUUUCAAGAGUGAAAAAGCGUACGAAAAUCUAUGCUGUCAAACAAUUAACAUGUUCGAAAUCUAUAAACCUAAACUGUUUGUGUUGGGUUAUAAUGUUUUUUAUUUUUCAC